CUCUCAAUGGGUCUCUUUCAUUGGUCAGCACUGCUUACAGCUUUCACAGACAAUUCCCGAAUCCAAUCAUCUCCAACACCCGGCCCGGCUCCGACCUGCGAAUGACGUGCCGUCCAACCAAUGAGAAAUUAAAACGAGGGUGUAACAGCCCAGACUCUUCCCCGCCUUUUCUCCUCGGCUAGUGCAGUAAAUGGUAGAAGAGGGCUGAACAGUUGCUAGCAACCACCAAUCCGUCAGGGCGGAAAUGGGUCGAAGAGAAGAGUGACGGGAGGGGGUGACGUGGCAGUGACGAGGGGGGCAGAAACGGAAAUAAGUGACGGACCCACGAGCCAAUCGGCGACCAAAUUGUCCGGGCACUCUGCGUUCUUCAGUCCAGCCUGCGCGCCGGACACCUCGAGGAAGAGCCAAUGAGCUGCUAGGGGAGUCUGAUUGGCUCUCGCCUGCGCCAAUCGACGGCGCGCCUGGGGGAUGCGUCCCGCCCCCGGGCUCUCACUGGGCUGUGUGGAAUGACAGGCCCGAGAGAAAUGCCAAUGUCCUAGGGGGUCUUCCGCUAGUGACACUCGGCGGCGCCAAUCGACUUUCUUCUUCCCGGCGGCCGAGCCCUCCUCCCCGCGGCGGGCCUGGCGGGGCGGGGACGCUGCGCGGCGGCGGCUGAUGCGCUAGCCGUGUGGGACGCUCCGGGCGGCGACGGCGGCUCUCGUAGGCGGUUCCGGUCGUGUAUCUCCGGGCGGCGGCGGCGGCGGCGGCUCAUGGCGGCGACGGAACUGAGAGGAGUGGUGGGGCCCGGCCCGGCAGCCAUGGCCGCCCCGGGCGGCGGCGGCACGGGUCCUCCCGUGGUGGGAGGCGGCGGCGCCGGCGGCCGCGGCGACUCGGGGCCGGGCUCCGGGGCCCCGCCGGGCGGUGUGGCCGCGGCGACGGCGGGCGGCGCGGGCCCGGGCUCCGGGGGAGUGGCGGCGGCCGGCCCGGCCCCGGUGCCGCCAGCUGGGGGCUCGGGCGGCUCGGGCGCCGGGGGGUCGGGCUCGGCUCGAGAGGGCUGGCUCUUCAAGUGGACCAAUUACAUCAAAGGCUACCAGCGCCGGUGGUUCGUGUUAAGCAACGGGCUCCUGAGCUACUACAGGUCAAAGGCGGAAAUGAGACAUACUUGCCGUGGUACCAUCAACCUCGCCACAGCCAACAUCACGGUGGAGGACUCCUGUAAUUUUAUUAUUUCCAAUGGGGGCGCUCAGACCUACCAUCUGAAGGCGAGCUCAGAAGUGGAGCGGCAGCGCUGGGUGACAGCCCUGGAACUGGCCAAGGCCAAGGCUGUGAAGAUGCUGGCAGAAUCAGAUGAAUCAGGUGAUGAAGAGUCAGUCUCACAAACUGAUAAGACAGAGCUGCAGAAUACGCUCCGGACCCUCUCCAGCAAGGUGGAGGACUUGAGCACGUGUAAUGACCUAAUAGCCAAGCAUGGCACAGCCCUGCAGCGCUCCCUCAGUGAGCUGGAGUCGCUGCGGUUGCCCGCGGAGAGCAACGAGAAGAUCAAACAGGUCAACGAACGGGCCACACUCUUCAGGAUAACGUCUAAUGCCAUGAUCAAUGCCUGCAGGGAUUUCCUCAUGUUAGCUCAGACCCAUAGUAAAAAAUGGCAGAAGUCACUCCAGUAUGAAAGAGACCAGCGGAUCCGGCUGGAGGAAACCCUGGAGCAGCUGGCGAAGCAGCAUAAUCACCUGGAGCGGGCCUUCCGCGGGGCCACCGUGCUGCCUGCGAACACUCCGGGCAGCACUGGCUCUGGUAAAGAUCAGUGCUGCUCUGGCAAGGGCGACAUGAGUGAUGAGGACGAUGAGAAUGAAUUUUUUGAUGCCCCUGAGAUCAUCACCAUGCCUGAAAAUUUGGGCCACAAACGUACCGGCAGCAAUAUCAGUGGAGCCAGCAGUGACAUCAGUCUUGAUGAGCAGUACAAGCACCAGCUGGAGGAGACCAAGAAGGAAAAAAGAACUAGGAUACCGUACAAGCCAAACUACAGCCUCAAUUUAUGGAGCAUCAUGAAGAACUGCAUUGGGAAGGAACUCUCGAAGAUCCCCAUGCCGGUGAACUUUAAUGAACCCUUAUCCAUGCUUCAGCGCCUUACUGAAGAUCUGGAAUACCAUGAGCUAUUAGAUCGAGCUGCAAAAUGUGAGAACUCUUUAGAACAGCUCUGUUAUGUUGCGGCUUUCACCGUGUCCUCUUACUCCACAACCGUCUUCCGUACCAGCAAGCCAUUCAACCCGCUCCUUGGGGAGACCUUUGAGCUGGACCGGCUGGAGGAGAAUGGGUACCGGUCCCUCUGCGAGCAGGUGAGUCAUCAUCCCCCUGCUGCCGCACACCAUGCUGAGUCCAAAAACGGUUGGACGUUGCGUCAGGAGAUCAAAAUCACCAGCAAAUUCAGAGGCAAAUACCUCUCCAUUAUGCCCCUCGGUAGCAUCCACUGUAUUUUUCAUGCAACUGGGCACCACUACACUUGGAAAAAGGUUACCACUACAGUGCACAACAUUAUUGUGGGCAAGUUAUGGAUAGAUCAGUCUGGCGAAAUUGAUAUUGUGAACCACAAGACAGGAGAUAAGUGCAAUCUUAAAUUUGUUCCUUAUAGUUACUUCUCACGGGAUGUAGCAAGAAAGGUGACAGGGGAAGUAACUGAUCCAUCAGGAAGAGUUCACUUCGCUCUUCUGGGCACGUGGGAUGAGAAAAUGGAUUGUUUCAAAGUACAGCCAGUCAUUGGGGAAAACGGGGGUGAUGCUCGACAGAGAGGCCACGAAACAGAAGAAAGGAUCAUGCUAUGGAAAAGGAACCCUUUACCGAAGAAUGCAGAGAACAUGUACUACUUCUCAGAACUUGCUCUCACUCUCAAUGCCUGGGAAGGUGGCACUGCCCCCACAGAUAGCCGGUUACGGCCCGAUCAGAGACUGAUGGAAAACGGGCGCUGGGAUGAAGCAAACGCCGAGAAGCAGCGCCUGGAGGAGAAACAAAGACUUUCCAGGAAGAAGAGAGAAGCAGAAGCCAUGAAAGCCACGGAGGACGGCACACCCUAUGAUCCAUAUAAGGCGCUGUGGUUUGAGCGGAAGAAGGACCCAGUCACCAAGGAGUUAACUCAUAUUUAUAGGGGAGGAUACUGGGAGAGUAAAGAGAAACAGGACUGGAACUCUUGCCCGGACAUUUUCUGAAAUGUCAGUAACAAAACGGAAAAAAAAAAAAAAAAAGGAGAAGGAUCCAAAGGAGAAGAGGACAGAGAUGUGCAGGGAAGCUGGCAGUUGUGACUCUCACCGAGGGCUUUCCUCAAGUUUGUCUGUCUUAACCAAUCAUUUUUUCCAAAUCAAUCACCAGAAGCAGACACCAGUGGUGGUGAUUGGCUGGUUGCCUUAGCUGAUUGAAACUGAAAUUGAAAUACUAGAUGUCUGUGUUUGUAAGGGAGAGGUUUAGUGGCUGAAAGUUCGUGUUAUUCCACUUCUGCAGAGUCAAGUAUUCUUGGCUCUUCUCUGCCCCCGUUUAAGAUGACGUCAUUCGCCCUCCCCUUGUUGUAUCCUGCUCAGCCAAGAUCUACGUCAGAUUAUGAUUCAGGGCCAUUUUGGUGCUGUUCCGAGCAAGAGCUGAUUUUAGCAGUUCCUUUAAAAAGGAACACAAGAGACUUACCAACAGAUGCAUUGUGAAUGAUUGUGGUGGAGCUUAGGCGUAGCAUUAUGAAAUGAGUUCACAAACGGGGUGAGUUUAAUGGGGGAUCCGCGCGUCGAUGCCCUCGGAAAUUGGAACGAGCGACUGGGGUCGUUCUGUGAGGUUGGAACAUUCAGAAUUCUUUUCCUGGAAGUUUCUAUCUUCGCUUCCAUAAAACACUCUUCUGCCAUUCUCAUCUUUUUGGACAGCAACUGGAUGCGACUUUGGUGUUUGGUAGGAGGGUUGCAUGAUCCUCACAAAGGGGUUUUUAUGGGUAACACUAGUCAGGAUGUCAAAAAAACUACGAGCCACUUUUGCUUUCCCAGUUCAUCCUCACCUUCAUGCCCAUUCUCCGUCACCUUCCUGACUCCUCUCUCUCCUUUCCUCUCUCCUCUCAUCUGUCUCUUUCUCUCCCAAUCCCCUUCCGCCUCCCCCUUCCCCCUUCACACAAUACCGAUUUGGGUCUCUGCCCAGUGUGGAGCAAGACAUUGCCUGUCCCAUUUUUGAUAAACUUCAGAAUUUGAGAGGAAUUUAUCUGGAAUACAAGUUUUCGCCAUCUCUCAAGCCCCAUGGACUGGAGCCACCCUCUGGAAUAAUGUGUUAAAUAUCUGUAUAUUAUAUAUAUGUAGAGAAAAAUCUAAUUUUUUUUUUUUGGUUUGAUUUUCCUUCUUCCCCUUAAGAAUCUUGGUGUUUUUGUUUGUUUGUUUGUUUGGGGUUUUUUUUUUAAUCCCUUAUCUCCCUGGGACUCUCAGACACUUGAUUUGGAUUGAAGCCUUCUCUGUUUUCCACAUUUUAGGAGCAGACAGAUUGACCCCUGACAGUUACUGAGCAGGGAUGUUAUCCAUGGUUUGUGUCAAGGGUGCCCAGUUGCUGGCUCAGCUUUGUUCUCCCCGUCACCUGUCUCUUGAAAACAAAAAGUCUGCACCCUUUUCUGCCCUUCCCCCUUCUUUUUUUAGGAAGAGUAUAGGUUAGAGAGUCAGGAGGAUUAAAAUCCAGUUUCAUUCUGCCUCUGUCCAAAUCACAGCACGCACAGCUGACUCCCAAAGGAACCUUCUUCCCAGGAUGUGGAGUGGGUAAGAGAACUGCUCCCGAUGGGCCCUGGCUUCCGUCAUUUUGUUUGUUUGUUUUGUUCUGUAUUUGUUUCAGUGGUCUUGUUAAAAAAAAAAAAACAACACAGAACCCAACCCCUGUACAACCCACCCGUGGUUGAGGAUCACAAAUUGAGGUGCCUUCCUUGUACGCUCUUUUGUUAGCAUUUUCUGUUUCUGUUCCUUAACUGCUGAGCCUCAGCCAGUGUGGGUCCUCGGGGGAAAUAGCAUUCCAGAGGCAGCCCUCCCUCCAGAGAAAUUAGAUUUCUACUAGGUAAAUGAGCACCCUCACUCCUUCCCCGCCAUCCCUCCCUUCCUGGCUCUGAUGAGCACGAGAGGGGCAGCCGCUGGGCCGUGUCCUCCUCAGAACCUGACUCCCUCGUAAGCAAGGGAUCGUGCCAGGGCCGCUUUCAAAAGGGCCCGUGAAAGUGGCGGCCCAAUCUGGGGGUUCAGACAGAGCGGAAGUGCCCCGACAGCAUUGACCAUCCUGCUUUCUCCCUCCCCUUCCCACCCUCCCCUUGGACUUCAUUUCCAACUGAUCUCAGUCAGAUUCCUGCUAAUGGAAGAAGCUUUGAGUCCUUCAGGUGAAAUAAAGUCACAUGAAAACAAAACAAAACUAUAUAUAUUUUUGGUUUUUUUGCCUUAUUGUUUUUUUCCAAGAAAAAACUACUCGAUUAAAUCAUUUUUAAAAAGUCA